ACCAGUUGUCUCGUGGACUCCACCGAGUGACGAUCUCGAGGAGAUGGUGAUUGGGAAAAAGUGUUCAAUAUUUCAAAGUUGAUUCUUCUAACGGUGUUUGCCCCCAAAAACUCCCCGCGUGAAGUGAAAAAAUCGGUGCUCUCUCUCACAGCACAAAAUAAUGGACAAUUGCAGUGAUUAACCAUGAAUGAGUUGCUCAAGAAGAUUUGCCUCAUUUUCCUCCUGUACGUGGAUUGCUUCCGUGUGAGCUGUGGUGACACCAUCCACUACACCAAUUCACCCAGGCAUCUGGGCAUCUCUGAGAAUUACACCUCAUACAAAUUAGAAGUGCCCGGAUCAGCACCCAUCACAGUGAUUGAGGCCAAUCGUGGACCAGCGGGUGGCAAUCAGGGCAUCCGUGGUGUCCAGCGACGUGACUGGAUAGAAAAGGCUGAAAUUCUGCAUCGCCGGAAGAAUAGCAAAGCUGAAAUGUUGGACAGGAGGGAUUCAGAGGAAAACAGUUAUUCCUCCGGGGAGUUGGUGCAGGGUAAGAAGACUGUGUAUUCGCCAGAUCUCCUCAAGAAAUUCCUCCAAGACUAUGCUGAGCGCAUACGAAAUGCCCAGAGUGAAGGGGGCGAUGAUGAAAAACGUUCGCCUCACGAUGGGAGUACAAUAAGCCACGAGAGACUCCAAGAUUAUGUAACAGUGAAUAAAAUGGAUGAGAAUGAGGACGACGAGCGCGAGGAGAAGUACAGUAGUUUUGGCGGGAAUUGGCCUGAUGAUCGCGACAGAUAUCAAGAUCGCAAUCGCCAUACAGGUUGGGUGAGUCUAGAUCCUAUUCCCUGGUCCACCACCAAGAUCUCCAAAUGGCAGAGUCACAAAUACAGCAAUCGACCACCGUCGAAUGAUCAUCAUUCGAGCUCACACUACGGAGGAUCUUCUGCGUCAUCCUCUCCAUGGGUCAAUGAUGACGACGAUUAUGACUAUGUAGAUCAUGAUCAAGGUCCCUUUAACAAUGCUUAUCGGCCACAACAGAGUGGAAAGCCAUGGAACCAGAGACCUCAGAGACCCCGACCCACAACCUAUGACUACAGCGGAAGUCACAAGGGUACACUGAAGCCACACAAUUCCUGGCACGAUCGCGAUCACAAUCGCCCCUACAGCAGUGAUAUUGUCACUGAUAACAAACCCUCGAAUUUCCCCAAAUUUCCCACCUAUCAGAAACGUCCAAGUGCCUAUGAUAAGUACUUUAUUGAUCGCAAUAGUGAUCGGUACCAAAGUGAUCAUCCUGACAGUCAUCCUUCCCACGGAAAUGGAGAAUGGAUAUUGAUCUCCACCACAAAGGGGUAUCAUUUCCCCCGACACGGCCAGAGAGCCAUGAGUCAGCCCAAUGUAAUUGGACACGAGCCCAUCAAGCUCUCAAUGGCCAUGGCACCUCCUAGUGUUCCUCAAACAGCGGGUGAUCGUGUGGAGCUGGACGUGUCUGCAAAUGCUCAAGUGCAAGAUCAAGAGAGUGAAGAGUCUCAAGAAGUACCCAUCGUCAAGGCCAAAAAGAAGAAGAUCUUACGGGCUGUUCCUAUGGUGGGGCCAAAAGGCCAACACGAUAGUAAUGCUGUCUUGGCUGCUGUUGCAGCUGGAAUGGUGCCUGCGACGGUGGCUAUGUUGGCGCCCAUGGUGCUGGGUUAAUUGAGGGAGAAACUGCUGAAUGCAUCAUCCAAUUAUCUAAUGACUUCAUCUGCACUUGCAAUUCUGGGUUGACGACACUCUCAAAGGUGACACACUUUUGAGUACGGAGACACGCUGAAGAAGCCCCACCGGUUUCAUCAUUUGCAGUUCACAAGAAGAAAUCUCUCUUUCUCCAAAUGUGCAAUUGAUCGCAAUGAGAUUUGCAGUAUUUUUUUCUCAAAUAGAUUUUUAUUGUACUUAAUUUAGAAAGAAUUUGAGUUUUUUUCAUCUUUUUUUUGUUUUCUUUAAUCUAAGUUUUGUUCCACAUUAUAAAUAGUUUGUUGAAUAAUUUAAUUAGAUUUCUUUUUUUUUAAAUAUAUACAGAUAUUACUUGAAAUUCGGUAUAAAAAGAGUGUGUUAAAAAAUAAAUUAUUUCUUUUUCGUGAG